GGUGCCUUGACACUGCACCCGACAACACAGCGAUACAUCAACCAUGGUUUGUGAAGUAGAGUGAGUUAGUCUUCGCGAGAGAGAAAUAAUAAACGUGUCUUUCUGAACUAAAGAUUAAAACAGUAUUCUUAGUAAGUUAACUAAACUAGAAAUCCCCGAGAGUACCACAAUUGGCGACCGUGGAUGUGGAUUUGGCCGGUGAGCAAACACAACCUGCGUGCGACGUCUUAACUGCGGAAAACGGACACCUGCGAGGUGAAGUUGAGGUAAAGCCAUGUACGAUUAUGAAAUGAGCAUAUGAGAACAGUUUGUCAAUAUUUCAGUAACCUGAGAGCAAACAUGGACAAAUGGGAUAUUCCAUCCUUCAAGUUUAAGCUGAUGCCACCUAACGAAGUGAGAGAUGAAUGGGUCCGGUAUAAAAGGCAAUUCGAGUACUUGAGUCUCGCGAAUAAUGUAACAAACAAAACGCGACUGAAGAACAUCUUCUUGGCAAAGGCCGGGCCUGAUGUCCAAGAUGUUUUCAGCAGCCUCCCUGGGGCGGAUGUUGAAGAAAGACUUGGGGUGGAUCCAUUCAAAGUAGCGAUGGAGAAGCUCGACGAGUACUUUGCCCCAAAGCAGCACGACGCAUACCAAAGAUUUUUAUUCUGGACGCUGAAGUUAAAGGACGAGGAACCCUUGGACAAGUUCCUGCUGCGAGCCAUGGAAAGCGCCGGCAAAUGUAACUUUGGAAACACCAGACAGGAAGCAUACGAGAUCUGCGUAAUCGACAAACUUAUUCAGCUUGCCCCAUCGGACCUGCGGGAGAAACUGCUGCAGAAGGAAACGCUCGUUCUUGACGAGGUCAUUAAGAUCGUAAAUUCUCACGGUACUGUCAAGCUUCAAGCAAGCCAGAUGACGGUCAGCAGCUAUGGACCUUCUACGUCAAGCCAAGCUUCGGGCGCAGUUAACAGGAUUGGCAAUUUUCCUAGGGACAGUCGAUUCAACUGUUCACGUUGCGGUCGCAGAGGCCACAGUGGAAAGGAUCCCGUCUGUCCUGCCAGAACAAGGAGCUGUCGCAUCUGCCAAAAGCUCGGACAUUUUGCAGAGUGCUGUCGAUCAUCUCGUGGUACAGCAAAACGUGAAACUCGAGACGAAUCGAACUUCGAUCACAAACGCGUCAAGUAUCAGCAUGUACGGGCGAUUCAGAACACAGACGAUGAAGGUAAACCCUACAGUUUCAUUUUCACUGUCGGCGAUGGGGACGAGUUCUUGUGGGUGAAAAUCGGUGGAGUACUGAUUCAAACCCUUAUUGAUUCUGGAAGCCAGAAAAAUAUCCUGGAUGACGUUACUUGGGAGAAGAUGAUGGCCCAAGGCGCCAAAGUUGAAAAUGUGCGAUCAGUUUCCGAUCAAACUUUCAGAGCAUAUGGUAGGAGCUCAGAUCCCCUCGUUGUAAAGCACGUAUUCGAAAGCCGCAUCGAAGUGAACGAAGGCCAAACUCCUAUCAGCACCUUAGCAACGUUCUACGUCAUUGAAGGUGGAUCACAGGCACUCUUGGGCAGAGCAACCGCCAAAGAAAUGGGUGUACUUACACUGGGGCUUCCCAGUACCGAAUCUCCAAAUGUUUACCGAAUCCGCUCGGAGAGGAAGCACCCAUUCCCGAAAGUGAAGGGUAUCAAAUUGAUCAUCCCAAUCGAUACUACCGUUACACCAGUCUGCCAGCAUGUUCGUCGCCCACCCUUGGCGCUUAUGGAUAAAAUUGAGGAGAAGCUAGACUCCUUAUUGGCGUCCGACAUCAUCGAACGAGUCGAUGAAUAUAGUGCAUGGGUCUCUCCGUUAGUCACGAUUGUGAAGGACAACGGGGAUCUACGCCUGUGUGUCGACAUGAGGAGAGCCAAUUUGGCGAUAAAUCGGGAAACACACUUCAUGCCAACCUUCGAAGAUUUCCUCCCGCAAUUGAAGAAGGCAAAGUAUUUUAGCAGGCUGGACAUUAAGGAGGCAUUCCACCAAGUGGAGCUGGAAGAAUCUAGCCGGCAUAUUACGACGUUUAUUACCCAUAAAGGGCUCUUCCGGUACAAGCGUCUCAUGUUUGGGAUUUCGUGCGCACCGGAAAUGUUCCAGAAGGUACUGGAACAAAUCCUCUCGGGUUGCAAGAACGUGGUCAGUUUCAUCGAUGAUUGUCUUAUCUUCGGAGAAACUUUAGAAGAACAUGAUCAGGCACUCGCGAAAGUUUUGCAGACACUCCGGGAAAAAAAUGUUCUAUUGAACCACGACAAGUGCGUCUUUCGAGUUCAGGAGAUCGAUUUUUUGGGCCACCACUUGUCUGGAAAUGGCAUACGACCAACAGAUGACAAACUUGCUGCUUUGAAAUCGUUCCGGGCACCACAGACUGCAGAGGAACUAAGGAGCUUUUUAGGUCUGGUGACCUACGUCGGUAGAUUUCUCCCGGACCUGGCAACAGUAUGUGAUCCACUACGGCUGCUAACCCACACAGGAGUUCCAUUCACAUGGGGAAAUGAACACGAAGCCGCCUUCCGUCGACUGCAAUCUAUGAUCUCGGACAUAUCAACGUUACACUAUUUUGACAAUUCUCUUCGCACGCGAGUAAUUGCCGACGCAUCGCCGGUGGGCCUGGGUGCCGUACUGGUGCAAUUCGGAAAUGAUCGUGAUGACUCAAGACCUCGCGUAAUAAGUUAUGCCAGCAAAAGUCUAAGCCCAACUGAAAGGAGAUACUGCCAAACCGAAAAAGAGGCGCUUGCUUUGGUUUGGGCAGUGGAACGGUUCUCAAUUUAUCUGUUGGGAAGGAAGUUUGAGCUCGAAACGGACCACAAACCGCUUGAAACGAUUUUCUCGCCAAGUUCACGACCCUGUGCGCGUAUUGAGAGGUGGGUGCUGCGGUUGCAGUCAUUCACGUUUGUAGUGCGAUAUCGAAAGGGCAGUAGCAACGUCGCGGAUCCGUUUUCUCGACUCGCGACUGAUUGUACUAACCAAGAUUUUGACAGUGACAGCCCAUAUCUGGUUUUGGCAAUCAUGGAGUCAGCAGCGAUCGAUACCUGCGAACUUGAACAUGCUUCAACGGAGGACUAUGAACUUUCCAUCGUAAGAGAAUGCGUCAGAAGUGGAAAAUGGGAUAAACCGGAGGCCAAACCGUUUGAAGUAUUUCGUAAUGAGCUGGGAUUUGUUGGAGAUUUGCUGGUCCGUGGUUCAAAGCUGGUUGUGCCGAAGUCCUUGAGGGCGAGAAUGCUUAUUUUGGCACACGAAGGUCAUCCUGGGGAGACGGUGAUGAAACGUCGACUGCGAAACCGUGUUUGGUGGCCCAACAUGGACCGCGAGGCUAGUUCACAUGUCGCGGCUUGUGAAGGUUGUCGAUUGGUAGGGCUUCCGAGUAAACCUGAACCCAUGCAGCGCCGGGAGCUGCCAGUGAAACCUUGGAUAGAUGUUGCCCUAGACUUCCUAGGACCUCUUCCUACUGGGGAAUACCUACUCGUAGUGAUUGACUACUACAGUCGGUAUAAGGAGAUUGAAAUAAUGAGGCACAUUACUGCGAAUGAAACUAUUACCCGGUUGCACAAAAUAUUUACACGACUCGGAUUCCCCGUUACGCUUACACUGGAUAACGCUAGACAAUUCAUCAGUGCGACAUUUGAUAACUAUUGUGCACAAAACGGAAUACACUUGAAUUACUCCACUCCGUACUGGCCUCAGGAGAACGGUCUCGUAGAGCGUCAGAACCGUUCUUUGUUAAAGCGUCUCCAGAUCAGUCACGCACUUGGGCGUGACUGGAAGUCAGAUCUACAGGAGUAUCUACUAAUGUAUUACACUUCGCCGCAUUCUGUCACGGGGAAGACCCCUACGGAACUUUGUUACGGAAGAACCAUAAGGUCCAAGAUACCAUCACUGAGCGACGUCGAGGUUGCUCCAUCGAGAGAUGAAGUGGCUGAUAGAGACAGAUUUCUGAAAGAGAAAGGGAAAGAAGAAGAAGAUGGAAAGCGUCACGCGGUGAAUUCGAACUUGGAAGUUGGAGACACAGUACUAAUGAAGAACUUACUACCUGCAAACAAGUUAUCUACUACCUUCAACCCAAAUGAAUACUUGGUGGUGAAUAAAGAGGGUUCUCGUGUGACUAUCCAGGAUAAAACAUCGGAUAAAUCAUAUCGACGAAACGUUGCACAUCUGAAGCGGAUUGAUGAUUACAAUGAGGCCUCGAGUAGCCGUCAAGAGACAGUAGCUCUUUCUGAACAUCAAGAACCGGUGAACCCUGAACUGUCCCCGCCGAUUGAUCAAGCAAACAGUUCCAGAUUAAACCAUUCUGAACAUUCUAGGACCCGACGCCAACUAAAAGUUCCUUUGAGGUUUAAGGACUACAAAUGCUAGGAGAUUUUGCGUUUACGAGAAAAAAGGAGAUGUGGUGCCUUGACACUGCACCCGACAACACAGCGAUACAUCAACCAUGGUUUGUGAAGUAGAGUGAGUUAGUCUUCGCGAGAGAGAAAUAAUAAACGUGUCUUUCUGAACUAAAGAUUAAAACAGUAUUCUUAGUAAGUUAACUAAACUAGAAAUCCCCGAGAGU